GCUGGGAAAAAAACACUCUCUUGCUAGGAAUGGAAGAGGAGUUGCCCAAUCUUCCCGAUGGGAUCAUCUUCGACAUACUCUCAAGACUACCCGUCAAGCCUCAAGCCUCUGUGUCGUUUUAAGUUGGUUUCCAAGCCAUGGCUUGCUCUAAUCACCAAGCCCCACUUAAUCAAAUCUCACCUCACUCAAUCCAUGAAAAACAACACAAACCAGAAGCUAAUCAUCGCCUCACCCACUUCUCACUCAGUCUAUCCGUUGAUUACCAACCACCCAACCACACCAUUGCUGACCUCGAAGUGCCCUGUACGUCUAAGGUUGAGAUUAUGGGUUCAUGCAAUGGAGUUAUACUCUUAGGAACUGGAGAUGAAUUAUGUUUGUGGAACCCAUCAAUCAGAAUGUGCAGAAAAUUUUCACAACCCGAGUACCCACGUGGGGAGUUUAGGGUGUAUGGGCUUGGUUACGACUCUGUUAGUGAUGAUUUUAAGGUGGUUAGGAUUCACAUGCCUGAAAGUAAUGACCCUUGUGAUGUUCAUUUGUUCACUUCUAAACUUAGUUCAUGGAAGCAGAUUGGAGACAUUGAUUACAGCCUUUAUCAAGAAGGGAAUGGGGCUGUAGUGAAUGGGAUGCCCCAUUGGCUCUGGAUGCGCAGCACCGAUGGAAGUUUGUCGGUUUCGAGUAAGGUGAUUCUUGCUGUUGAUACUACUGAGGAGAAAUUCAAAGAGGUGCCGCAGCCUAAUUGUGAAGGUUGGGAUAAACGUAUUGACUUGGGGUUUUUGAGCGAAUGGUUGUGUGUGGUUCAGUAUCAUCAGGAUGGUACUGAUGUUGUUUGGGUCAUGAAGGAAUACAGCGUCAAGGAAUCUUGGACCAAGUUGUUUGUCGUGCCGAAUGGCCUUUGCAGAUUCUUCAUGCCUCUGUGUCAUGCAAAGGAUGGAGGGGUUGUUAUGGUGUUGGAAGCAGAGGAGUUAGGCACCUACAACCCAAAAGAAAAUAGCUACGUGUGCAUUGGGAUCCCUUCGGAUUGCGUGGGCGGUUUGAUGGCUUCAUAUGUUGAGAGUCUUCUUUCACCUCAUGGUGGCAAUAGCGCUAAAAGGCGAUGGAUAUGGAAGAGAACGAGAUAAAGUUUCGUCGUGAACCUUUUGCUGGAGAUUUUACAGUUGACUUUUUGCAGGGUCUAGAAGAUUUUUCGUAAUGUACCGCGAUCAGCUCAUUGUCUAGCUAUAAGUGAGCCUUGGCUUCCUAUGUUCUUUGCUCAGUUAAAGGAGUCAGACAGCCUUUUGAUGGUAGCCCGAGAGCAGCUGUUGCAAACUUGCACACAC